AGCAGGUCACACUGAAAUUACAUGUUUGACCACAGAAUGUCUUGAAAAGCACAAUCCUGCUGCUCAUAUGGUAGACAGAAAUAGACAUGGUUUUUAGUGUCUGCUUGGACUUUAGCCCAGCUGAAACUAUGCUGUUUGACUGAUGAAGAGAUGUGGGCUCUGCUCAUUUUAAACUAAAGCAGCAUCCAGUGAGUUUCAGAUCUUCAGUUAGUGUUGUGGAGUGGAGAUCUCUCAGGACAUAAUGCGACUAUUUAAUGAAUUGAAGGCAGAAUUUUAAGAAACUGACAGAGAAUUUACUGUGAUGUUAUGUUGAAGUGGAAAGGACACAGAAAGAAUGGCGACCCCUCAGACUUCCAGACAGAGCAGCUACUCUUCAAUCUCUCCAAAGAUCCGGAUACACGUCAUAGAGGUGGACUCGGUCCAGCGCUGGAUGGAGGACUUACGGCACAUGACAGAGGUGGAGUGCAUGUGUGUUCUGCAAUCAAAACCCAUUGGCGUGGAUGAAGACGCACCAGGUGAGCUAAUUGUAUCCGGGCCGGGUGCUGUGAGUGAGCAUGUCACACGUGAUAACUUACAGAUGCUGCUGAAGAGGGCGCUGGUGGUCAGCACUGAGCUGGGGAAGAUGUUCCAGCGUUUGGAGAGAGGACGCUGGCAGAGGGUCCACAGUACCGCUGUCAGGGUCAACUGUCACGUGCGCUCUCUCAUUCAAGAAUACAGCGCCGCCAGAAAUGCUCCACCUGAAAUACAGAAGUUUGAGAAGUCUUUGCUGGAAAAGUGCAUGGAGCUCAACGUCAUUACUGAGAGAUGUCUUCAUACCGAGGAUGAAUACUUCCUGAGAUCCAUGAAGGAGGCCAUUCAUGAGAUCCUGACUGACCUCAGCGAUUCUUUUAGUCACAUGAUUGAUAUGGCACUGGCCAAUGAAAUACAGAUUCUGAUCAGACAGAUUGAGGAGUCUGAUAAUGUUCUCACCAUCAGCACUGCCAUCAGUAAUCUGUUGUCUUUAACUCAGGACGGCCCACAGCUUUGCAGCAUCAUUGCUAAAGAGGGUGCGGUUGUGGCCCUGUUGAAGAUAUGCAGACAGGACUGUUUCAGUACUCUCUAUGCUAAUGCAUUGAGAACCGUGGCAUCUAUCUGUUGUGUUGAAGAGGGUAUCGAACAGCUGGAGAAGGUGGAUGGAAUCUUGUGUCUGGCAGAUAUCUUAACAGAUGAUGGAUGUGCAGAGGCGACUCGGGCUGAAGCCGCUGCGGUGAUGGCACAGAUCACCUCUCCUCAACACACAUCCACACAACAUCUCGCCAGCUUCCUGGAGAGCAUGCAGGACAUCGUCACAGCCCUCAUCAAUCUGUGUGAGACUGCCUCCUGUGGUGAAGUAUUUCUGCUGGCCUCGGCAGCUCUGGCAAACAUCACAUUCUUUGACAGCAUGGCUUGUGAAAUCCUUCUGCAGCUCAACGCCAUUCACAUUCUGUUACAGGCCUGCAAAGAUCGCCAACGAGUAGACACACCAUACUCCAAAGACCAGGUUGUAACAGUCCUUGCUAAUUUGUCUGUUUUGGAGCAGUGCACUGCAGAGGUGCUUCAAGAGAAGGGAAUUGAGCAGCUGCUGUUGUUACUUAAUGAAAAGCCGUCGUCCUCCAGUCCAUCUGAGAUUGCUGCAUGUGAGCGGGUUCAACAGAAAGCUGCUGUCACGCUGGCACGUCUCAGCAGAGAUCCGCUUGUUGCUCAGACUGCCAUACAGCUGAUGGCUGUUCCUCGUCUCAUCGAGCUGUGUCGGUCGCCAGCAGAAAGAAACAACAGUGACUCUGUGCUUGUGGCCUGUCUGGCUGCUCUGAGGAGACUUGCGGUUGAAUGUCCAGACAGUAUAGGACCUACUGACCAUCAACAACUGAUCAAACCCAGACUGGUUGAUUCCUUUCUGCUGUGCUCUAACAUGGAGGAAAGUUUUGUCUGAAAGCUUCUGGGAUCUGAUGUUGGCCACCAAAAUUAAGACUUUUAGUGUACUUAUAAAUUACCAAGUAAACUUGAUUUGACAUGUUUUUAUACAAACCCAUCCACAUUUGGUACAAACACUACAUGAAUCAUGCAUGAUUGACAUACAGAUAAGGCUUUGCUUUUUAAUGCUGAAAUAAUUCAGAAUUAUUUUACUGUCUUAAGUGUCAAAUUAGCAUGAAUAAAGCAAAAGUCUAGAUAUUAA